AUGUCCAAGACGGAGCUGCUGCAACGCCCGCCGCCGGCCGGCCUGCACCGGCCGCAUGGCCCCAAGCCGCCCUCGGGUCGCAGGCCCCACCUCGGCGAUCGCGACGAUCGCUGCAGCCGCCUGGUGCUGGGUCCGAAGGUGCUCAAGCGGGUGGGAAGCCCAAGCAGCCGAGGGGGGAGCAGGAGGCUCGCCGAGAAGAAUGCCGUCGGCGCCACCGGUUGCGUCGAGGAGGUUGGGGAGGGCCCCGGGUGCUGCGGCCUGGCCAACGCCGGCAACACUUGUUACCAGAAUUCGGUGCUGCAGUGCCUGAAUUCGGUGCCCGGCGUGGUGGAGUACCUCAGAGGGGGGCGAGGGGGGUGGAGGGAGGGAUCCGAGGUGACCCCGCGGCUGGCUGCACUGGUGGAGGAGAUGUGGUCGAGGCCGCCGCGGUCGGUGUGCAGCGCGGAGGGGCUCCGGCGGGCGAUGGCUGGCAAGGCGUGGCGGGCCGGGCCCGGCAGCCAAGAGGACGCGCACGAGUUUUUUACUGCCCUGCUGCAGGCAAUGCGGGACGAGGGGGCGCGCAACGCGGCGCCGCCCAAGUACCGGGAGAUCCCCGACUGCGGCAACCCCGUGGCGCAGGCGGGGGAGGAGUGGGCGUACUCCAAGGAGUGGAACGACUCGCCGAUCGACGACCUGUUCGGGUUUCAGAACAGCUCGGCGACCUCGUGCCCGGCCUGCGGCGCUCAGAGCCACAGGUUCGACUACGCCACGGAGCUGCAGCUGGAGAUCCCGCGCGGGGUGGGGGAUCUGGGGGCCGUGAGCCUGAAGGGUUGUCUGGAGAGGUUCCGGCAGGAGGAGACACUGGAGGGUUACAGCUGCUCGGCAUGCGGGAAAGAGGUGGCUGCCAGGAAGGUCGCAGGUGUGCACCGAUACCCGGAGGUGCUGGUGGUGACUCUGAAGAGAUUCACGUAUGAGUGGGACGGGACGUCGUUCAGAUCGGGCAAGGUGGCGGCGCCGCUGGAGCUGGAGGGGGAGGAGCUGGACGCGGGGUGCCUGAGGGACGGCCUGUCCGAGGACCGGGGCCCCACGAGGUACCGCCUGCUGGCGGUGUGCAACCACACCGGGGGCCUGGGCUUUGGGCAUUACACGGCGGUGGGGAGGAACGUGGUGGAUGGCAGGAUGAGGCACUUUGACGACAGCUCGGUGGGGCCGGUGGGGAGCCUGGCGGGGAGGUGCGCUGGGGCGUACAUGCUGUUCUUUCAGCGGUGCUGA